CUUUUAUACGUCUAGGUAUAGUACGGCGUGGUAUAGUGUAAACUAUUAGAUGACGAAUACCGGUGUCGAUGUGAACGUUGCUGGUUUGUCUAGGUUCUCCCACAGUUGUACCUACUGUACCGUACACCUAUGUAGCAGCGUGUAACAUGACUGGCACCAUAAAAUCCUUAGUCUACUCCGCUCCCCUUUUACAGCAGCCCGGUUGUGUCGCUGGCAAACAGAUACUCUCCGUUACUAUUAUAAAGUUAAUGUUAGCAACUACUCGACACGAUAACUUCGCUUGUCUUUGAAAAGAAAAAAAAACAUAUUUUUUCUCCUCCUUAGUUUACUUCUCUCUCCGCUACUUCCAAAGUUGCAACCGCGAAUAGUCGCUGCGUUUGAUCAAUUAAUCAUUUUUCAUUCUCAUUCUCGACUUUAUGCCAAAACUUUUCAUUAAAUUUUUCACACGUGCCCUCGGUGUCGGUCGAACUUAGAUUUGAAAAAUAAUUUUCAUCAACUACCUAAGUGCUGUGUUCGGAGGAAUCGACGACGUGAAAAAUAAUUAAAAACGGAAGUGCUUUCGAUUUAUUUAAAUUCGUUUUUUUUCCUUCUCUCUUUUUUUUUUUGUGUGCCGUUGGUUUGUUUGUUUUCAUAAAUCUGUGUUUAAAUAUACGUAACAGCAAAAAAUUCACAGAAGAAAUUUGAUAAUAACAAUAAAUAUGUGUGUCAAGUUCAUAGUUUAAAUAUUAUAUACGUAAUAAAGCGAGAGAAAAAAAGGUAAUAAAAAAAAAAAAAAAAAAAAAAAAAACGAAGGAGAAGAAGAACUAGAGGAUGAGAGAAUAAAUACAUAAAUAAAUGUUAAAUAUUAUACGGUGCGCGUUCAUUGAAAACUUGGAAGAGAUAAACGUCUAAAGAUUCGCCGGCACCACCGCACCCCGCCCACAGUAAAAGAGAAGCACCUCCAAGGAAGGGAUUCUUUUUCCUUCUGAUUUUUUUUUUUUCUUUCAUUUUUGUAUUCGUCGGAGCGGAUAUUCGUCUCAUGGAAAUCGUUCGUUUUCCUCGCAAUGUUUUUUUUUUCCUCUUUAUUUGAUUUUUUUCUUAACUGUAAGAGCUAGUCAUGUACUCCGAAGUUAGUAGUCGUGGUUUUUGAGUUUUUUUUUUCUACCAAAAAUUCAUCUAUAUUAUCUCAUUCUUUUUUGGCGUCUGUCGUUUUCGCAUAAUCGGUAUUUAUACAAACCUGCAAACAGAGCGCGAAAAAUACUCUGCGUUACAGCUAAUUAUUUUUAUUGCGACCUCAAGUGUUGCAAAAUGUGCGACCGCGAUGUCCAGGGUCGAGAGAAGAGCCCGCUAAAAACUAAAAGUAGGUGUCACUCCCGAUGACGACGACGAGGAUUACGAUGACGAAGAUAAUGACGACUGCGAUGCUGCCGCAAUCGAAACGACGCCUCCGCAACCAAGCGGUUUUGUUAUCCCUGAAAUAAUCAGCUGCCGAAACUAACCGGAGAGAACGACUAAAUUUUCGUAAUCGUUUUAACCCGAGUAAACAAUUGUGAAUGCUUCGAAAAUUUAUUCAGUCGUACCGCUGAUCGUGUCGUACAACACUUUCGGUCGGUGAAAAUCCUGAUAGGAAUAAAUAAUCAGUCCAACGGUUAUGGAACGUCGAACUACGUAGGAGGCCGUCUAAAAAACAAGAAUAAAAAUCGUUAAAAAUUGAAGAAGAUAAAGGCUAUUGAAAUUCCUUGAAAAAAAAAAAAAAAAAUGGAUCGCAAGAAGAAAGAAUCGCCACCCAACACUCUGAGGUUGCCACCGCCCACGUUGAACUUGAUGGAGCAACUUUUGCUCGUUAAAAUGGAGAGUCAGGAUGAAAAGUGCGCCAAUCUGUCGUCGAAGAGGGCACUUUUUCUCAGGGCUGAUUCGAUGGACAGUCAAGCGAGCACGAGCACCUUCAGUUCGCUAGGGUCAAACGAUUCGAAUUCGAACAGCUGUUAUUGCAAAUGCGACGACUGUUUGUUAGGAAUAUGCGAUCGUUUUCAACCCCAAAUUCCCGUAGCGGGAAGAAAGAAGGUUUCUAUCAGACGCACGUUCCCCUGUACGAAUGAACGAACGAUUCGAUCGAUCGGAUCGUUCGCCCAGCGAAACGUGUUCGUGUAUUUGUUGAGUGAAAAACACGGGGAAAUAUUCGGGCCGAAUUUCGACUACAUGGUGAAAGGGGUAGGGAAAAAUCGUUGUCUCGUAUCACCGCGAAGUAACACGUUCCACGGCGAAGAUCCUUGAAAAAACGAAAC